UCGCGCGCUUGAGAGCCAAGGCUGAGGUCGACGGUCGGGCAUGUGUGCCUAUCAAGAUAGGAGCCAGGGCUCUGCAUACUGCUGAGUGUCAGAGGACGCGGGGAAUACGCAAGAUGUUUUACGCUGGCUGCCUAGAGGCCGAGGGAGUGUUUCUUGAUAACCGCUCAGUGGUGGAAAUAGGGUUACGUGCACAAUGCUUGUCAUUGCGGAUUGUGGAAAGGCUUUUGCCAUUGUAAUAUGGGUUUCAUUAAACCAUUAUGGAUUAUUUAACAUGUUAAGAUAAUGAAAUUGCGGCCGCGCUAAUUUUAAGGGGGAAACUAUGAAAUAAAGCAAUUUCAUGGAAGUCGACAAGAAAAAGGAACGGCAUUGUCGUAGGUCUGAAUCAACCCUCAGCAACUCCCUCAGUAAAAGAGAUUACAGAAUAAUCAAGAAAAUUGGAGAGGGGACGUUCUCCGAAGUAGUAAAGACCCAGAGUCUGAAGGAUGGAAAAUACUAUGCCUGCAAAACGAUGAAACAGACCGCCGACAGCCUCGAGAAGGCUCAUGGCUUAAGGGAAGUUCAAGCAAUGAAACGGCUGAACCCACAUCCAAAUAUUAUCCAGCUUCAUGAAUUGAUAUUUGAUCAGGAAUCUCGGUCUGUCUCCCUCAUUUGCGAACUGAUGGACAUGAACAUCUAUGAGUUCAUCAAAGGGAGGCAAUAUCCUUUACCUGAAAGCAAAAUCAAGCACUACAUGUAUCAGUUAUGCAAAUCUCUGGAUCAUAUGCAUAGCAUUGGCAUUUUUCACAGAGACGUGAAGCCAGAGAAUAUUUUGAUUCGACAUGACGUCCUGAAGCUGGGAGACUUUGGCUCCUGCAGGAGUGUGUAUGCUCAGCCCCCUCACACUGAGUACAUCUCCACACGCUGGUACCGUGCUCCAGAGUGUCUGUUGACGGAUGGCUACUAUUCACUCAAGAUGGACAUCUGGAGCGUUGGCUGUGUCUUCUUUGAAAUCAUCAGUCUACACCCCUUAUUUCCUGGAACAAAUGAACUUGACCAGGUGAAUAAGAUCCAUGACGUACUGGGAACACCUGACAGUGCUACGCUCCAGAAGUUCAAACCGUCCAGGGCGAUGAGCUUCAACUUCCCUCCGCGGAAGGGCAGCGGGCUCUCCAACCUCAUCCCCCAGUGCCCCUCCCCCACCCUGUCUCUGCUCUACCAGAUGCUGGCCUACGACCCAGACGAGCGCAUCAGUGCACGGAGCGCCCUGCACCACACCUUCUUCAAGGACCAGCGCAUGGCGGAGAAGCGCGCGGUGAGCCUGCGGCGGGCCAUCGGGACGGUGGACGGAGGCGAGACCAGCGGGACGCCCAACUCCGUGGACCAGCUGUGGCGCAUCGCCAGACAAGGACGGAGACAGCAUCAUCUGAAGCACAUGGCCGAUCCGCUUUUGCGGUGCAAUCCUCAUCGGUACCCUGUGGAGCUGCCCAAACUCAAUGUGGUCGUGCCCUCUCCGAAAAUCACCUACCCGGUGUCCAGCUUGCCCGCUCUCACCAUCACGCACAGGGGUUCCCUGCCUGCCAUCACUUCGAAAAAGUGCCACUCACGCCUGGUAAAGCAGCCCAAAGAACCUCACCGCGCAGCUUUCAAAACAUACUACAUGCCUCCUCUGGACAGGAAGCGUGGGGAAUACUGAUCGACCACUAACUACCUACAUAUGACCUCCCUGAGUGGAAUCACUUGGGAACAUCUCAAAGGUUCAGAAUGGAACAGUGUUCAUUCCAAAAGCACCGCCACUUAGUGGCGAGGACAUGAACAGCAAGGGUAAUGAGUGACCAACAAAGCUCCAGUGAAACGAACCCUGUGGACUACUCUACAAUAUUUGUACAUUUCUUUGAAGUGGUGAAUAAAAAUGGUGAGACUGUA